UUGCCCCUAGAUCUGUGUCUCUGGCUGCGUAUCUUAUAUCUACCCAGGUAAGUGCCAGUCUCCCUCACGCAAGAUCUCGCUUCUCGCUUCUCCCAUUGUGGGAUUUUCUCUCAUUCCUGUCGUAUUUCAACGUUAGCUAUCUUUCAAUCAUGGUUGUCAGAGAGAUUCGACUACCUCCGAACGAAACAUCAGACCUCGGCUCCUUGUGGAGCAAGGCUGUUCGAGAAUAUGAACGUACAACCAACGCAAACUUGCCGCAAAUGGGGAAGCAGACUACCACCGAUACGGCAAAAAACAUUGGUCGCAUUCUGGAGGAGAUAGAGGAAAAGAAAGAAGGGUUCAGCAUGCGGCGACAUAAACAAGACAGAGCGGACAAGGCACGUGAAGCGAUUGGAAAACACCUGGAUGCAAUGCAAAAGUGCCUUGACGGUGUUCAGAUGGUUGGUUCUGCUGCUGCAAUCUUCCCACCAGCUAUGCCGGUUUCGAUCGUUUUUGCUGCUUGUGGACGUGUGCUAGAUGCAUUCAAAGGGGUUCAGAACGAUCUCAACAAGAUUGAAGAAUUUCUCAGUCUUUCUAGUAGAUUUUUUGAACGACUAUCGAUAAUCGAAGGUUAUGAUUGCGAUGAUGGGCCUCUUGGGAAAGCGAUUGUGCACGUCUUUUCAGCGCAACUCAGUAUGUAUACUUUUGUGCAAGGGGUACUGAGCGAAGGUAAAGGUCGCAUUAAAAUGUUCUUCGAUGCAUUAUGGGAGCUGGAAGACCCAAAGCUUGUCGAGGCGUAUGCGGUAAUGCAGUCUGCAAUUGAGGACCUCGACAAAACACUUCAAUUUGCAAAUCACGCUGCGAUUAAAAACACACACGAUGUUGCAGUUCACAUCAGUGAAGGAACUGACAAGCUAGAUCGGAGGAUUCGUGCCUGGCGAGAGGAGCAAAACCAAGAUGUUCUCCAAAUCUUCAAAGACAGUCUGGAGAUCAGAAUGCAGCUCCAGCUCAACCACACUGUCACUAUGAAGAGAUUAGACACUGUCCUAGAAGCAAUUGCAAAGGCCAGUGCGCGCAGCAAAAAAGACACAGAGAGCGUCAUGCCGACGAAUGAACUGAACGUACUCGAAAGACACAAAGAACCUAAGAGGCCGAGCGGGCCGAGCGAUGUAAUGGACAAACGAUAUCGUGUCUUGGAACCCAUUAGGGCAUUUUUUGAUUCUAACAACAGUUUUAGUAACUGGUAUGUUGCUCAGAAAGAGAAUCUUCGUCUCCAUAGCGAGUUUCGUACCGACUUUGUUGAGGGGACAUGCGAAUGGAUUUUCGCUGACUCUGCAUGGACGAAAUGGACCGGGGGCGAGAAUCCGCUGUUCUGGUUAAGAGGCACUGAUGGAAUAGGAAAAUCGUUCUUGUCUUUUUCUAGCAUCCGCAAGCUAAAUGCCUCCACGGAUGGAAGCAUCACCGUUUACUUUCACUUCCGAGAGGAACUUGCAUCACUACGAUCGAUACAAAAUGCUUUCGCUUCGAUGGCAUAUCAAAUUGCGGAAGCCAACCAGAGAUAUGCCAGAUACAUAGGAACGAAACUCAGUGAUGCGAAUGAAAAGUCGAAGGAUAUCACACCAUGGCAACGCUUUUUUGUCUCCGCCUUCCGAGAAAACCGAGACGAAUCGGAAGUCAAAGCCUUUCCGGACUCUAAGCUCUACAUGGUCUUCGACGGCCUCGAUGAGCUACCUCCGGAACAGCGCCAGGUCUUCGAGUUGUUCAUUGCCGAUAUAAUGAGAGAGAAGUCUCGCAUCCGAAUUCUCGUCUUGAGUCGUAUCGAUCAAACAUUUCUGGAGCAACACGACCCUAUUGUCCUGGAUAUUACGAAAGAGCGUGUACGACAAGACAUCAGUCUUUUUGUGCGUAACGGAUUGAAUAGUGGCAUAUAUCCGACCCUCAAGAGAUUUAGCCGGAAUGCCAAACAAGCCAUUAGACGGAAAAUCACCAAACAAGCUGAUGGUAUGCUGUAUGCCAGUCAUAUGCUCAGGCGGCUAUCCUACAUUGGCCUGGAGGGUGCUGUGAUGAAAGAUUUGGAGCAGAUGCCCUGCAAUCUUACCGACUCUUACAGGUGUAUACUUGAAGAAUGCUUCCGCGGUCGCACGGAAGAGCAAAAAGAGGCUUUGAGAAAACUUUUUGCCUGGCUGACUUUCGCGAAACGACCUUUGAGUUUAUUGGAGGCUUGCAAUGCAGUUGAAUUGACUGCCGGAGAACCGCAGCUCGACCUGGAAGACGAGAUAGUCGGAAAAUCCGCAAGAAUUCUAGAGCUCUUACCGUUAUCAAACGUGGAAUAUGAUGACCAGGAAGGCGAUGACGACGACAACGAAGAUCAUAUCAACGAUUUAGCGACACCCUCCGAUGAUUACCGGAAAUCAUCAUUGAUAUUCAGAGAACGCUCUUUACGACAAUACUUCCGGGCUGUCGAAGACAACGCUGAUGUGGAAAAAAAUCUGCGCGCAACAGCACGCUUCGCCCAUGUGACAAUAAUGACUACGUGUGUAGACAUCAUGAGAAAAGCGGCUAUUGAUACCAGAAAAUCGCUUCCACCUCUGGUCAUGUACGCCGUCACCUACUGGUACGACCAUUUCCAUGAACUCGACCCCUCAAAAGCUACCGCCCUUGAAAUCCAAGCAGUUGUUUCAUCACUUCAUACAAUUUUGACAGACGAGAGCCGUAUCGGCAGAGUUAUUGAUAACUAUGCCAAAUACUGGGAAUUCUUUCCCGAGGCAAUGGAUGGUGAGCCUGCUCCAUGGUACGGAAAGGUUCACGCGUGGGUUUCCAAAGCGACUGAAACACCCAUAUCCGAUCUCUCGCCGACAAUAAAAUCUUGGGCCACAGAAUUUUCAGAAGGAAAAGACCACGUGCUCUCGCCUUUGUGCCGAACUUACAUCUCUUCAUGGCUAAAUGGAAGAGCUGGCACCAGGAUUUUCAAGGUAUACUGGUUUGCAAACGCCGUUGCAAAGAUUUGUGGUGUCAUCCCCAAAACAUCCGACAACAAUGUCGAUGAUCUCAUGAAGAUGGUAACAUACGUCGGCGCAACUUUGGACUCCAGAGCAAAGCGAGCCAUAGGCAUCACCUCAUUCUGGACUGUGACGAAAGAAAUUCCAGAAGAACGCCAAUUACAGAUCCGAAAACCAGCAUUGUUCUAUCUGGUCGACAGUUUGGAGGUUUCUAAACUUGACACGCCGCAGUACGGCUGCAGCCUUUACGAUCUCGCAAAGAUGUAUAUGGAAUUAAAUAAUCGUCAGAAAGCCGUUGAAGAAAUCGACGCCACCAUCGAGACAUUCACAUCCUAUAAUCGAAAGAUACAAGAGUCGCCUGAACCACCCAUUCGAGAUUUCUAUCUGUGGACAGAUAGUCAACAAGUCAAGCUUUGGGACUUGCAUCUCACGAAAGCGAUAUGGUUGUUGAAAUCUGAUGAUAAAAGCUCUGCUUUUCCAUCAUACGAAAGAUUCCGCGUAGUAGUCAGGGAGGAGCUGAAGACAUCUGACACUAGCGUUGUCGGGUGGGUUCUGGAAGACAUUGCAAGCAUUUUCGAGGCCGAUGAGGACCCAGACGGACAUCGAUUCAUGCAGGUCCUCAAAUCUUGGAACAAACGUGAGCGACAUACAUGGCUUGACUACAACCUGAGGGCCUUUGCGGACCUUCGAUGUCUGGGAAGAAUGUUCCGUGCAGCGGUAUUGACCAACGAAACUGAACUAGUACUGGGCUGGCUAGAUGCGUUCGAGAAGACACUGACUCCGAAGUCUUUCAUCAAGUUCAAUUUAUAUUACGCGCUGGGCGAUUUCUGCAAUAACAACGUUGGUAAUCUGGAGAAAGCAAAGUCUGCGCUAGGAACUGCUAUGAGAAUGCAACCAACGAUCGAUCCGAAACAUGAGGAAGAUUUCAAUUCCGCGUUCGCCAAAAUACGCUUGCAGCUCGCCGGAAUCAUAUUCACGCAGUUUUCAACCACUCCUGAUCCAGAACGCAAAGAGGUGUUAAUAGAGGAAAUGAGAUAUCUUCCGGGUACGGCCGGCGGUGAAACAAGUUUUUCUCAAUCCCAUGUCGGCAUGCUGUUCGCUAAUAUGCUGCUUAUCAUGGGCCCUGCCCGCGAGUAUCAAAAGUAUAUGAACGAGAUAUUCGAGAAAUGCGUCAACGGAUUGGCUGACAGCGACCCCUGGAAUGAUCCCGCUGCUUUACGGCUUCUUGCGAAAGUCCUCAGUUCACUGGAAGGCUUGGAGAAAGAUGCUCAAAUAGCGCUGUCGGCGCAGUUUUCGAUGCUUGAUAAAAAUGUACAAGCCGCAAGUAAACAGAACACACCAGAUGCACCAGACACAGCAGACACAACAAUGCAAUCCUCCUUGACAAGUACGCCCGUCAUAGAGGAUUCUGGGAAUGCUGAACAAAAUCUUACCAAAGUCCCGGUUGAUAAUCGAUCCGAGGAGACGGUGAACGAAGGGAGCCCAGUUGAGCACGAUGAGACUGCCGAUUUCUCGGCAGAUGAUGCCGAGGAUCUCAUAGACGACGGGGGAUAUUGGUGCGAUGUAUGCGAUGCUGGUCAAGUGAGUUGGCAGAAACCCUUCUAUCUCUGUCUGAUAUGUCCCGAUGUCGACCUUUGCGAGUCCUGUCUCCAAGACAAACGUGCGGAAAGCGCUGAGCAAGAUCAAAAGCGAAGCUGGACACUUUAUUGUGAUCCCAAACACAAAUACCUCAAAGGGCCGGUAUCAGGGUGGAAGGGUAUCAAAGACGGGUCGAUUAGGAUCGAGGGAGAAGAUCCAUUCACUGUUCGAGAAUGGCUGGCUGGGUUACAAAGCGAGAGGUGGCCAAAGGCUUGGGAGAGGUAUUGGCUCAGACAAGCUGGAUUCAAAGAUAUUUUUACCGUUAACUAG